AUGUCAUGUCCCUUUAGACUUCAAGCAAAGGAGCAUGUUGGUGGCAGAUGGAGUGUAGUUGUUCGUCAUGGUAUACACAAUCACGAUCUUCCUAAUUACAACGAGGGUCGUGCGAUUAUUGCAAAGUUGAAACCACAUCAGUUGUCUAUAGUUAAAGAAUUGUCGACUAGUCAUGUCAAGCCAAAUAUGAUUAUGACUAUUUUGAAGUAUUUGGAUCCUCGAAUCUUAACUACAGUAAAACAUAUUUACAAUGCUUGUCAAAAGUUAAAAACUGAAACAAUGGGAGGUCGAUCAGUGAUGCAACAACUUAUGAAACUCAUUGUUGAUAAUAAUUAUGUGCAGUACCACCGGGAAGAAGUUGGAACAGACGUGGAUGCCUUUUUUAGAAAUAGUUGGUGUCCUUCCUACUGGAAAAAAUUUGCUAUUGGAUUCGCAUGGUUGAAAGACGAGCAACAAGGGAGUUAUGAAUGGGCUAUUGGCUGUAUAAGGCAAUUAUUUGAUCCAGAGAAGUUGCCAUUUGCAAUUGUAACUGAUAGGGAAUUGUCUCUAAUGAAUGCUAUUAAUGUUGUGUUUCCUACUUCGUCCCAUCUUUUAUGCACAAGACAUAUUCAGAAAAAUAUCGCGAACUAUAUGCUGAAAAUCACAAAAAACAAGCUUAUUGUGAAAUCUUUUAUAAAAAGGUGGCAAAGAGUAGUGGAAGCUGAUACGAUCGAAAUGUAUAGGAAAAGGUAUAGAGAAAUGGUUAAAGCAUUUGCUAGAAUGUCAGCAGUAUUGAACUACGUGAGAUCAUCAUGGAUUGAGAAAUAUAGAAAUAGAUUUGUUCGUGCUUAUACGAUGAAUGUUUUACAUUUGGGGAACAGGAAGACCAAUAGGUGUUAUGGAGUAUCUAUCUAG